UCUGUCCGCCAUUACAUUUUGGGAGUUUGCGUAAAUUGGUCGUAGCUCUGCGAGCACGCAUUACCGCGCCGCGCGUUAUCAGUGACAGUUUAUUCGACUUCGUGCGUAGUAUCGCAGCGUUUUGUGAAACCAAGAGUAUAGACGUUCAAUCGUAUGUCCAUCCAGAAUCUGAACACAUUUGACCCAUUCGCCGAUGCUAUCAAAAGCUCGGAAGACGACGUACAAGAUGGUCUAGUCCACGUCCGUAUUCAGCAGCGGAACGGGCGUAAGACUCUCACAACGGUGCAGGGGCUCUCUUCGGAAUAUGACUUGAAGAAGAUAGUGCGGGCAUGCAAGAAGGAGUUCGCGUGCAACGGAACCGUCGUGGAGCAUCCGGAGUACGGCGAGGUGCUGCAGCUUCAGGGCGACCAGCGCGAGAAUAUUUGUCAGUGGCUCACGAAGUCGGGCCUCGUCAAGCCCGAGCAGCUGAAGGUGCACGGCUUCUAAGCCUGCGCUAGCACACGUAACAUGACCAUCUCUCGCCUGCCUACUUUCACACAACUUACUGUACACAGGCUGUCCCGUUAGGUUAUUUCUAAUAAAACGCUAUGCUGGUUUUCAAUCAACUGAACUUUGUUUUAAUAUAUUUGAACAUUACUCAGCCGUUCAUCCGGUCAGUUCAUUCUAAUGUUUGUUAAAAUUAACAUAAGCAACACUAGCUGGCAUUAGAAGUAACUAUAAAUAAUUGGUUAUUUUGUUAUAUCUAUUUUACAAUUUCAUACUUGUAAAGACCAUGUUAUUUAUUUAACAAAUUAUUGAUUGAAUUACAUGUUAAUUAACAAUAAUUAACAAUUAUGUUAACAAAUUAUUAAUUGAAUCAUAAUAAUGCGCACGCUCUCACGAUAUAGGUAAGAAGACUAUGAACGGUGUGCCUGACGCGGUGGGCGCUGUGUCGUCCACAAAUAAAUAUUGUGUACUUCGUGAGAUAUUGUAAUCAAUUGUUGCUUUUGUUUGCUAGUAUUUUCGAGAAACGAACAUAAUAAAGGCGUGAUAACAUUCAUGAA